UGCUCGUAUAAGGUGUAGGUUGGAGAUUUUUCCCAUUUUCCCAAUUUCGAAUUCGAAUCUGAUCCCGAAUCUGAGUCUGUUACUCGAAUUUGAUAGUGUGUCACCAUUCAUUCAUUCAUUUCCGAUAUAGUACUUAAAAGUGCGAACCGUGAAAAUCUUUCAGUUACAUUCCUGAUAGUGCAUCGAACGGUUGUCGUCUCGGUUUAAGCGAGGAAAUUCGAUAAAAGUGAAUUGUCGAAAUCGGCGUGUACUUGCCACAAGUUCUCAGUGAUUCUUGAAAGAAGGUUGUAUAUUAGAUGGUGCUGUUCUUGUAGAUAAAUCUGACGCUGGGAGUUACUAUUGAUUGGAGUCAAGAGUGAAAUCGAUACCUUAUCAUCUUAGAGGAUAACGUAGCUGAAAAUUGUAACUUCUGUGCUUUUGUGCUUGGGAUCAAAAAUAUUUAAUACAAGCCGAGUUCCUAUUGGCAGAGCUACACCUCAAUUUUUGAUAGUGUUAGCACUGGAGUUAAAACAGCAAAUCUUUACCUCAUAAGUGAAAGUGCCCACUUAAUAAACUGAUUGGAUUAAGGACGAAUUAGAUAUUUGUGUCCCAGAUGUGUAUAAUUUGGUUCCUGUGGCUGGGAAGUGCUGUUCUGUACAGUUGUGUGAGUGCUAGCGCUGCUCUGGACAGCUUAUGUCCGGAUAAACGCCCAUUCAAUGCAAGUGUUGUAGGAAAUGUUCGCCAACUGUAUAUUGGAAGUACGCUCAAUUUUACCAUGGAGAAGAAUGAACAAUUGAGAUGUUCACUCCAACUAAAAGAAUCCAUUCCGCUUGUCAUUAAAGUCACAUCACCUCAGAACUCAAUAUCUCGUCGUUUAUUUUUCAAUGAAACAAAACUUCCAUUUUUUAUUUCGAUAGUAAAUAUGACAAAGCACAUGAGAAUGCAGAAGGAAAAUGUCGUCCUGCCUUGCGCAACAAACGGCCAAUACGACUUAAUUCUCACAUCAAAAAAGCAUUCGUUUGUCCGCGUCGAAGUCCUCGGAAGACAUCCGUCAUGGAACUGGAGGUUGUUGAACGAGACCAAUCCGAUUCGAGUAAGAUCCCAAAACCGCAUGCAAAAAAAGCAGAUGAUCAUCAAAUGGAGCAAAAGCAAAUUAGACAUCCACGCCAUGCAUUACUGCAUAGUCAUCAACACCAAAGCCUCUCAGAAAAACUUCUGUGCAGCCCUUCAGGAUUCGCUUAAUAGUAACACCCUUCAAAGCAAGAGGAACUGUUUGGCGCCGAUUGAUAAUAUCUGGGUGAGACAAAGGGAGCGAAUUAUUGAUCCCUAUUCAACCAAUGUGAUCUGCACAGGAAUGAAACCAAACCAAAUAAUAAAGGGUCUCGUACCAAACAUGAAAUAUUUCAUCGAUAUUUAUGGAGUUCACUCAAAGAAACAAAACUUGACGAUUUUGCUGAAAUCAACUUCGGUAUGGUUCAACCGCACUCAUCCCGGUACAUUGCGCGACAAUUUGCUGACUUUGGGGAAGAUGUCCGGGAGCAAACGUGACCGUGAAGCCAUUUUCAGUUACAAGAUUCCUCCAACUUCAUUGAGCCGCGGACAAGUUCGAUUCCUGGUCCUUCCUUGCUCUGGUAGCCAAAUUGACGUGAAAAUUUUGAAGCGCAGACAAAGGAUACGGACUGAAACCGAUAUCUACAAGCCAACGUAUAUUCCUGUACCCGAAGCAAAUCCUGGUGACCGCCUAAUUCUUCGAGUAAAGCCUAGUAACGUUGACGAGUUCUUGCAUGCCAACAGAGUCGGAAUUGCUGUCUCCAUGACUGGACUAUUCAAACAUUACCCAGAACUACCGAGUAAUACUUCAGUGUUUUUGAGUGGCUCUUAUAGGAACUGUGACCCGAAAAUCGCGUGGUAUCCCUCUCAAGACUUAAGGAAGAUUAGAUACUGCGUUAUCAUAUUCAGACUACCAAACAAUUCCCGAAGUUCCAUGGAUGAAACGAACUAUUGUCUGGAUUUCGGCAAGAAUCUAAUUGAACAUCCACAAUUUUACGAACAAACUUGCCACACCGCAAACAGAGGAGCCCAGAUGGAGCAAACGUCCUUACUUAACUUGAUCCCAGGCGAUUCGUAUUUGGUGUACGUAACCUCGCACUUAGUCGGCCACAGCUACUUGCCCUACGAGUCCUUGAAAGUGAACAUACACCAGCACUGUCGAAACAACACAGAUGACGUUUCCGUACGGGCAAUCUAACGCCACGACAGGACACUAUGACCUACAAUUAACUAUGAAACAAGAUAAAAGUUUAAUCAAAGAGCCGUCAAAGACUGCAUGGACUUAAUUGCCUCAAUUUUACAAUAUUGCCUAAUAUUAACGUUACACACUGUAUUAGUUUCUGUUUGGAGCCAAAGUUCACUAAUUUACUUGACAAGUUUUAAUUUAGGGUCUUAAUGUACAUUUUAAAUUAAUUUUAAAUUAUUUGUUUAUGGAACGAGCCUCAGAUGGUAUCUCAAUAUUUUUACUUAUUUAUAAUAAUGUGCGCUUCGUCUAUGGUAUGUGUGUUGUAAGUUUCGUUUGUAUUAUUAUUUUGUAAUAUUUUCCUAUGCAACAUAGUGUAGCGUAUUAUUGUCGAUGGUUUCUACUUUAUGUAUAAUUAUGGAGCAAGUGGAAUGAAAAUAUGAUGUAUUUAAUUGAAACUAUUAUUCCUAGCGAAACGUGAAGAGUGACAAUAAGGUUGAUCAGCUAUUAAUAAACCGAGA